AUUUACAUUUCUUGAGUGUUUGUGAGAAUAAUUUUUAUUUAUAAUCAUGAUAGACGGAAACAUUUCUAUGGAGGAAGACACAGAAUUACGGGAUUUAGUGGUGCAAACCCUUGAAAAUAAUGGUGUUCUUGCAAAAGUGCGGGCAGAACUCAGGGCAAGUGUGUUUUUAGCUCUAGAAGAACAAGAAUCCGUAAUGAAUCCAGAACCACUUCUUAAUAAAACCGUUAAACAGUACCUGGCUAAUUCAGAAGGAAAAUUAUUGUUUUCCUUGGUUAGGGAGUUCCUAGAAUAUUUUGGUCUUGAUUAUACAAUAUCCGUAUAUGAUCCAGAAACAUACUUUGGAAAAGAAUAUAAUUAUAUUGGAAGAAAUAAAUUAUGCGAAGAGUUAGGUAUUGAAUCCAAUGAGCCAUUGCUUGGAGAAAUUUUAAAAAAUAGCAUGCACAGUGCCUUCAAAAAUACACAAAAGAAUAACAUUGACAAAAAAUUUAAUAAAACUGAUACAACUGAAACAAAUAUUACUAAUACAACAUUUGAAAUUUCCAUUCCAAAAGUAUUAAACAAUGAAUCUACAUCAUUGUCAAAUGAUAAUGAUAUAUCGGAUAAUUUAGAAAGUGUUUCACAACAAAGUCCAAAACUUCCAAUAAAUGUGACAAUAACUGAAAAAAAAAAUAAAGAAACAUCUGUUCAUGUUUCAUUAGAUGAAUUAAAUUAUGAGAAGCAAGAUUCUCUCAAAAAUAGUACAACUUCUGAAUAUAAUGAAGAAAACAAUGGAAUUGAUAGCAAAGGGAACAAUAGUAUGAAUUUUGAUACACUCCCUACAAGUCCAAAUGGCACAAUAAUGAAUCAUACUACAAAGGAGACUGAGAUAGAUACACUCAUUCAAACAAGUUUACUAAAUAAAACCGAGCCUUUAAUUAAGUUUGAUGAAUCUAUAAUUACUGAAAUGCAAACAAAUCAAAAUGAAGAUAUAAAUAAGCAAAAUAAUAUAAAUAGUUUGGAAUUACAAAUAGUAAAUAAUGUACAAAACAAAAAACCAGUUAAUACUGGAAACAGUUUUGGAAAAACUGUAUACUUUGAAGAAAUUAUUGUUGAUGGAAAAAGAGAGAAUAUUAAUGAUAUACAUAAUAAUGAGACCUUUUUACAAGAUUUACCACCUUUAGAUAAAAAAUCACAUUCUAUACUUAGCAAUCUCCCACCAUUAAAUGGUAAAAAAACUAAUAUUAAUGAUUUGAAAGAAUUAAUGGAUAUUGGACUUGGAACUGAUGGAAUAGAUAAUUAUGAAGAAGAUUUUGUUUCAUCUGCAUCUGGUAGUACAUAUGAUCAAAGUCCUUCUAAGGAUCCUCAAAAAUCAAAUAGUCCAAAACUACAAACAAAAAAACAAGAUAAAAUUCAUAGUGUUCAUAGUGCUCAUAGUGAGGAUAUAAGUGAAGAAAUUGAAGAUGUAGAUGAUAUAUUAAGCAGUACAUCAUGUCUUGAAGAUUUAAACAUAGACAAAAAUAUGUCAAAUUUUGCAACGGGUAUUACAACAAAUUGUGCAAAGGAACUAUAAUGCACUACAUAUACUAAAGAGCUACUAAGAACUUUAAAAUAUUAAUUCAUUAAUAUUCAAUAUUCUGUGUCAGGGCAUCAAGUAUAUUAAUGCGAAUUGGUAUAAAUUUAUAAAAUUAUUUUGAUUUCUAACGUGGCACUGCCAUUUAUGGCUCAAUACUUAUAAGUUCUCCUACAAAAAAACGUAGAAGGAAAAUGUCUGAAAAUAUAUUUAUAAAUAUUAUACUUUCAAUAUUUUAUAAUUUUUUUUUGUCAAAAAAUAUUUUUAUAAAUAAUGAACUUUAUUUUAUUUUAGUAAUAUUUUUUAAAUACAUCUUAUGGAAUUAACAUUAUAUUUCAGUUUUUUAUAAAAACAUUAUAAAAAUUUUAUCAAAAGAAAUUAAAUAUUAUGAAUUAAAUUAAUGAACUGCCAUUAUUAUCUGUUAUUAUUGUAAUAAGAUAUUAAAUUAUAUUUUUGUAAUUAAAAAUAUUAAAAAUAGAAAUCAUAUAAAAAUUCUAAAAAAAGAUUUCUAUGAAAUAAAAUUUUGAAACAGAUUAAUAAAAUACUAUUUAAAGUAAAUAUUAUUUUUUCUUCUUUUUGUUUUCUUUAUGAUGUAUUAUAUUAACUGAAUUAGGAAAGUAAUACUAAAAUUAUUAAUUGUAUACUUUCAGACAAACUGCCUUCUACGUUGUUCUGUAAAUAUAUCUAGUAUUAUACUCAUUAAAAACAAUUAUCUUAAUGUUAAAAUAUCUUAAAAAUGAAAAGUAAUCAGUUACAUUAAUGGUUGUUGAAUACUUAGUUAUCUUUUAAAAAAUUUUGUAACAAUUUUGUUAUGUUUACCGAAAUAAUUCCUGUCCCUUUUAUGACUGAAAUGUCAUUACCUCAUUUAACUAAAGUUACUGAUAUAGUAUUGAUAGCAAUAUCAGUAAAUCAUCCGUCUAUAUAAAAAUGGAUUGUCUAAAAAAAUAUAUAAAAUUAUUUUUCUUUAAAAAUAAUGGUGCUAAAUGCAUAAAACUAAAAAUUAAAGAAUUUGAAGAUUAAUAUUCAAUAAAAAAUUAAUAGAUGCUUAUGUUUGCCUGCAUCCAUGAAUUAAUAUUGAUGAAAUCUAUAUUAAAUAGUUCAAUUUUUGGGCAAUCCAAUAUCUUGAUAUAAAUAUACUAUGCCCCAAUAAGAUGCAAUAACUAAGUACAAUUCAUAAUGGAUCAACUGGAUGCUUGACAAAUCAAAAUCUGUUAACGGUUGUACAGCCUGCUUCCUUCACAAAAUUUUUAGUAGCACGCAAUUAUUGUAAUGUCAUCAAUAGUAAAUAUUGUAAAUGAUUCAAACAAAGAGAUUUCAUCCUUUAAAAUUUCAAUUAUAUAUUAAUUAUAUUUAAAACAAUAAUAUAAAUAUGCCAUUAAUCUAUUUCAUAUAUCAUUUAGUUAGAAAACUUUGUUUUUACUAUAAUUACUAUAAUUUCAUGAAUAUAUAUUUUUUUAUACUAUAAUUUCAUUACUUUGUUAAAAAUUAAUGUUAUAGAACAUUUAUUGUUUUAAUAUUCAAUUUUUAUAACUGAAUCAAAAAAUAAUCAAUUAUUUAUUUUAAAAAAUCAUAUUUUAAAUAAUAAAAAUAUAAAAUUUAAAGUUUUUACUUCUACAGUAUUAUGAAAUCUCUUAAUUUGAAUCAAUAUUUAUCUCUAUGUAUAUAUUAAAGCAGGUGUGUUCCUGACCAAUCAACGUGGUUACAUUUUAAUAUUGAUAUGACAUAUAAUUUUAUAAAAACAAUUUCAGGAUGAUACUGAACAUUCCUACACUUUAUAGAAUGUAAAAUAUAAAUACAUUCCAUUGUUAUUAAGAUUAUUAAGCACUUUUGUUGUAUUGUUAGCAUUAGUAAAGAAAUUUACAUAAAAAGUAUUUUUCAAUGUAAAUUAUAAGAAAGAGAAGAAGGAAGAGAGUAAUUUAAGAAAUGUUUCAUAACUUAUAACAGUAUAUCAACAAAUUUUAUUUUACAUUCUGAUAAAACUAGAAAAUGUUUUUGUAAACAUUUCUAUUGCAGGGUAUAUAAACAUUUUUAUAUUUAUGUAGUUUCAGAAGUGAUUUCAAAUAAUCCUAAACUGAUUAAUAUAAUAUCACAUGUUCUAUGUUUUAAUAUAUACAAAAAUCUUGUUAUAUAUAUAUAUAUAUAUUUUCUUUUUCUUUUGGAAAAUGUGUAAAAUGCACAUAAAGUACAUAAUAAAUAUAUAAUCCUUCAUUUUAUAUGCCGAACAUAAAAAUAAAUACAAUAUAAAAAAGUUAAAAAUAUAUUUUUUAAGAUUAGAAAAUAUAUUAAUAUAAAUUUCUUUACAUAUAACACAUAUAUAUAUCUUUGCACUGUUUUUUUGCUAAGAAAAGAUAUAUAUAAUUAAUAACAUCGAUUUGUUAUGUUAUGAACUAUCUGUAUCGAUCUGUACAUAUAAUAAUGGCAUAUAAUGUACUGGUGAAUUGUGAAUUAAUUAUAGAUUUUGCAAACACUGAUAUGAAAUAGUUGUAAUUAUUGUUAUUUACUAAUUUAUAAUAUCAAAUUGAACAGAUGAAGUAUUAAUGAAUCACUUACAAUAUUUUUUCAUACAGUCCUAGAGGUUUAUUUUUGUAACCACGUUGAAGUAUUGGUAGCUAUAUUGUGCCUUUUAGUGUAUAUGAAUAAGAAACAAUGCAAAUACAUACUAUGGAAUUGCGGAAUUUAUAAAAUAUCUACGUUACUUAUUUAUGAUUUUGAAAUAUGAUGUAACAAUAUUCAUGUAUAUGUUAUUUAUUUUAUAAAGAUUUUUCUCUUUUGCAA